AUGGCCAUAUCAAUGCUGCAAGACGCACAGACGCGAAGCUUAGCUGCUGCAUUGGCAGGCAUCAAGAGAGAGGAGGCUUCUGUUGAUCGCUCUAUGUCGCUAUCGCCACCCAUGUCGGCCAACACAUCAGCCACCAGCGCCGCAGCCAUGUACCCGGCAAUGGGUCUUCAACAGGCAGCCGCUGCCUCUGCCUUUGGAAUGCUCUCACCCACCCAGCUCCUGGCUGCCAACCGGCAGGCUGCCGCCUUCAUGGCGCAACUACCUAUGAGCACAUUGGCCAACACCCUGUUCCCGCACAAUCCCGCGGCGUUGUUUGGAGCCUGGGCCGCCCAGCAGUCACUGCCACCUCAAGGCACACACAUGCAUUCGCCGCCAGCUAGUCCACACUCGCCGGUGUCCACACCUCUGGGCAGUGGCAAGCAUCCACUGAGCUCCCCCAACAGCACCCCCCAGCACCAUGAGCCAGCAAAGAAGGCUCGCAAAUUGUCCGUAAAGAAGGAGUUUCAGACAGAGAUCAGCAUGAGUGUAAAUGACCUUUACCACACCCCCGGUGGUCCCAUCUCUCCGCCUUCCAGCGGCAGCUCUCCCAACUCCACUCAUGAGGGCGCGGGUGGCAAUGCAGGUGCCAAGGACCCAUCUCGCGACAAGAGCUUCACAUGCAAAAUCUGUUCCCGCAGCUUUGGCUACAAGCACGUUUUGCAGAACCACGAGCGCACCCACACUGGCGAGAAGCCCUUCGAAUGUCCUGAGUGCCAUAAACGCUUCACCCGGGACCACCACUUGAAGACCCAUAUGCGUCUUCAUACUGGAGAGAAGCCAUAUCAUUGCUCGCAUUGUGAUCGUCAAUUCGUUCAGGUGGCAAACCUCAGGCGUCACUUGCGUGUCCACACUGGAGAGCGUCCGUACACAUGUGAGAUCUGCGACGGUAAAUUCAGCGACUCCAAUCAACUCAAAUCCCAUAUGUUGGUGCACAACGGUGAAAAGCCUUUUGAGUGCGAACGUUGCCACAUGAAGUUCCGACGGCGCCACCAUCUUAUGAACCACAAGUGCGGCAUUCAGUCGCCGCCUACUCCAGCUCUGUCACCAGCCAUGAGCGGCGACUUCCCCAUGGCAGUCACCGCAAUGGCUUUGGAGUCCUCCACCACCAAAUUUGCGGCAAUGUGCGCAAGCUAUGGAGGCUCUGAAGAAUCGGUCGACUUGGAGAAAGGUCCUUUGGAGGACGAUGCCCCAUUGGAUUUGUCAGAGGAUGGAGCCAGCUCCGUUGAUGGACAUUGCAGCAGCAGCAUUGCACGGCGAAAGGCUCAGGAUAUUCGCAGAGUUUUCCGCUUGCCUCCCCCUCAAAUCCUUCAUGUUGCCAGUGAUAUGCCCGAGCAAACCGAACCUGAGGAUCUGAGCAUGCAUUCUCCCCGUUCCGCCGAGUCCCACGAACAUAACGAAGAUAUUGAUUUGGACGAUCUGGAUGAUGCUGCAGCCCUUUAUAUGCGACAACAGCAUCACUAG